UCGUCAUGGCUAACAAGAUGCAGGCAGGUAGCACAAGAUGUCUUUCGACUAUUCCUUCUCCUUCGGCGACCCAACUACUCCUCCUCAUUUUUCCUUCGAAGAGGCUCUCAACGACGCAUCCUUCCAAAUGGGUCACAGCCGAUCAGGCUCUCACGCUUCUUCACUGUAUUCACAAGAGUCGUCACCUGACUCCGUCAACACUCAAUUGACCACGCCGGCCAGGUCUCCUAUCAGACAACAUGGACCAUUGUUGUUGCCCAAGAUCCGCCCUCAGGAUCAAGAGAUUCAUUCUCCACCCAAGAGAUUCAAGAAAUCUCCUAUGCCGACCACCAACAAGUCGGCAUCUACGUUCCGUCCCUCCCACACCAGGAGUUACACCAACCCAGAGUCGAUCUCCUUUUCGACGGCAGACAACUUUCCUUCCCACACUCGUUCAAUGACUACACUCUGCUCGCCGAUUACCUUCAACAAUAAUGAACGUCGUGCUUCAAGCGUGGAUCUUCUCGACGGACAGACGCUCGGCAAAUACGGCUUCCCGACUUAUCGUCAGAUGCCAACCUACAUUCCCUCUGCCACCAACUCCACAACCCAAGAUUUCAUUCCACAAACAUUCUUUCCCGUCCCACAACGCACUCCAUCACCACUUCAGAACUCGAUGCUCAUCGAUGAUCUGAGCCUCAACACCCUUCCCAUGGACAAUGUCAACAACAGCACCCUUCUCACUUACCUCACAUCCCCCAACCCAGCACCAGCUCUGGUCCGUCAACUCAACAUUCACAUCCGCGAUAGCAAUACCAAGCACUUCUGGUGGGAUAUCCGCCAAAUCCGCCCAUGGACAUCUUUCUCCAUGUCAACCAUCCAAUCUAUCCCAGGCUUACACUCACUCCUUACCCUCUCUCUCCCAUCCAUGACUUUCCCACACGCACCCAAGACAUCACUACAACCAGAGACAGAAGCAGAGCUAGCCAACAUCUACAACUCUUUCUACGGCACCAAACUCAACGCCGCUCUGAGUCUGAGUCUCGGACAACGCCAUCUCGCUAUGCGUCCCGCAAAUAAAGGCUCUAACCCCGCCAACGAUGCAUCAUUCGUCUCCGCCUACACAGACGAUACAUCUGCACUGAUCUACGGCCGCGGCCUCGGUCGCGUCAUCGGACUGGUCAAGUCCUUUGAUCGCUGGAACACUGGAAUGCGCGUCGAAGGCAACCACCGCAAAGUCGAGUACCUUCGCGGCCUCGCCCACUUGCACCGCGUAAUGCGAGAUAAUGGCUGUCGCUACGGCUUCAUCAUCACAGAGAUCGAGCUAGUCGUCGUACGCAAUGGCGCCGAAAACGUGCCGCAUUUCGGAUACCUAGAGAUUCAGACUAUCCAACUUGCCGCUCACUCUUCUCCGGCUGCUGCAUCGUCGACGUAUGAGGGCGUCGAAUCCUCGUUCUCUCUUCCCGGCGAGGCUUCGCCGUCGCUGGAGAAGAAAAUGGAGACUAAGAUGACGGCACUGAUCGCGCUGUGGUAUCUUCACAUGCUAGCAAAAGAUGAUGUCCUACCCGGCCAAGUUGGCUGGAAAGCAGAGAUUGGCGCCCCGGCUGAGGGAACCAGGAGAAAGUGUUUACCGAAGGAUGAGUGGAUCCCCGAACCGCAGCUCGCAGAGAAGAGAGAGGCGAAGAGGGCUAGAGGGUGGGUGUGGCCUGAAGAGGCGGUGGGACGGAAGGAGUUGGGACGGAGAGGGGUGAGGUAUAAUUGUUAGUUAGGCUGCU